AUGCUUGAACCGGGUAGUGAGCCCUUCUCCAACCCUUUGGCUCCAGAUGGCUACGAUGUAGAUGGUCCUUAUUCCUUCCAGCAAUCAAAGCUCACCAAUGAAGACUUCAGGAAACUUCUCAUGAACCCGAGGGCUGCACCACCCUCCAAGUCUCAUCACCACGAGAUGCCAAGGGAGUACAAUAAGGAUGAAGACCCCGCUGCACGAAGGAGAAAAAAGAAAAGUUAUUAUGCCAAGCUUCGCCAACAAGAAAUGGAGAGAGAGAGACAACUAGCAGAGAAGUACCGGUGCCGAGCCAAGGAACGGCGAGAAGGCGUGAAGAAAGACUAUGAGGAAACUGAGCUGAUCAGCACCACAGCUCACUACAGGGCUGUGGGCCCCACUGCUGAGGCAGACAAAUCAGCUGCAGACAAGAGAAGACAGUUGAUCCAAGAGUCCAAAUACUUGGGUGGUGACAUGGAACACACCCAUUUGGUGAAAGGCUUGGAUUUUGCUCUGCUCCAAAAGGUUCGAGCUGAGAUUGCCAGCAAAGAGAAAGAGAAGGAAGAACGAAUGGAAAAGCCCCAGGAGGAAACCAAGAAAGAUGAGGAUCCUGAAAAUAAAAUUGAAUUUAAAACACGUUUAGGCCGCAAUGUUUACCGCAUGCUCUUCAAAAGCAAGGCACAUGAGCGGAAUGAACUGUUCCUUUCGAGCUGCAUGACCUAUCUGGUAGACCUGGCUGAGGAGUACCCUGACACAGACAUCCCCACCACUCUCAUCCACAGCAAAGCGGACUGCCCCACCAUGGAGGCCCAGACCACACUGACCACAGAUGACAUUGUCAUCAGCAAGCUCACCCAGGUCUUUUCCGACCUGAGGCGGAGUACCCGCAAUAAGAAGCUCAAGACGGAGGAUCCAGGGAAGCUGCAAGGGAAGAAACCCCCAGUGGCCGACAUGAAUAUAUUCGAAGAGACUGGGGAUUUUGUGCCCUCCGCAACCAAGACAUCUCGAGACAAGGAGUGGGAAAGAUACCGGGAGCGGGAACAGGACCGCGACAGAGAGGAAGACAAGAAGAGGCACAGCUACUUUCUGAAGCCAAAAGUGGAUGAUGAGUCCAUGGAUGUUGACCAAGGACCUGGAUCUGCUAAGGAUUUCAUCAAAUCCAUCAAUGAAAACUUUGCUGCUUCUGCUGCUUGGGAAGGCACUAGAUCCCUAAAGAAGUCAGAAGAUAAGAAGCAGCUGGGAGAUUUCUUCGGCAUGUCCCACAGUUAUGCUGAAUGCUACCCAACCACAAUGGAUGACAUGGCUGUAGACAGUGACCAGGAGGUGGAUUGUAGCAAAAUGGACCAGGGCAACAAGAAGGGCCCCUUCCGCCGCUGGGACUUUGAUCCCCAGGAACGAUACAGCCGGUAUGCGAACAAGGAAUCUUUUCCCAAGGCUGCAUUCCCGCAUGGCACCAAAAUGUCUGAAGGGCGGAAAUCCAGGCGCUUCAAGGAAACCAAUAACAAAGCAGAGCUUGAUCGCCAGUGGAAAAAGAUUAGUGCAAUCAUUGAGAAAAGGAGGAAGAUGGAAGCUGAUGCAGUUGAAGUGAAAAGACUGAAAUACUGA